CCAGUGUACAACUGCAGCCACAAUGACAGGAUUUAUUCUACUCACAGGCCUUUGCCUGUUAUUUUUUCAUUUUGGUUCAGCCUAUGAGCUAAUAUGCUACUUUACCAACUGGGCUCAGUACAGACCUGAUCCAGUGAAGUAUGUGCCUACCAACAUUGAUCCAUUCCUGUGUACACAUCUGAUCUAUGCAUUCUCCAUUGUUAACUCUGCAAAUCAACUGGCCACCUAUGAGUGGAAUGACGAGACUCUAUACCAAUCAUUCAAUAGACUGAAGCAAAGUAAUCCAAGCUUGAAGACACUUUUGGCUGUUGGGGGAUGGAAUUUUGGUUCAACUCAAUUCUCUACCAUGGUGUCCACACAAGCAAACAGAAAUACAUUCAUCCAGUCCUCAAUUAGCUUUCUGAGAAAGUAUGGAUUUGAUGGCUUGGAUUUAGACUGGGAGUAUCCUGGAGCCCGCGGCAGUCCUCCAGAAGAUAAGCAAAGAUUCACUUUGCUUUGUCAGGAGCUUCGACAGGCCUAUGAGGAUGAAAGCAGUGCUACAGGACAUCCCCGACUUAUGGUCACAGCUGCAGUGGCUGCUGGGAAAUCAACUAUAGAUGCUGGAUAUGAAAUUGCUGAGAUUGCCAAGUACUUGGACUUCAUUAGUGUGAUGACUUAUGACUUUCAUGGGACUUGGGAGCAUUUCACUGGUCACAACAGUCCUCUGUAUCAAUGGUCUCAGGAAACAGGAGAGCAAAUCUAUCUUAAUACUAAUUAUUCAAUGACGUACUGGAAGGAUCAGGGUGCUCCAGUGGAGAAGCUGAGGAUGGGUUUUGCUACAUAUGGCAGAACGUUCCAACUGUCAUCUACAGCAAGUGGCCUGGGAGCUCCAUCAAGCGGCCCUGCUUCUGCUGGCACUUACACCAGAGAGGCAGGCUUCUGGUCUUAUUAUGAGAUCUGCAGCUUCCUUCAAGGAACCAGCAUACAGUGGAUCCAGGAUCAAAAAGUACCUUAUGCCACAAAGGGGGGUCAGUGGGUUGGCUUUGACACCAAGGAGAGCUUUGACAUAAAGGUGACAUACCUCAAAGAUAAUAAGUUUGGAGGGGCCUUUGUGUGGGCUCUUGAUUUGGAUGAUUUUACUGGACAGUUCUGUGGACUUGGAAAAUACCCUCUCAUCAGUGAGCUCAGGAAACUCUUAACCAAUGGUCCUUUUGCUCCUCCUGCUGAUGGUCCGUCUGCUCCUCCUGCUAAAGAUCCGCCUGCUCCUCCUGCUAAAGAUCCGCCUGCUCAUCCUUCUAAAGAUCCGCCUGCUCCUCCUGCUGAAGGUCCUCAUGUUCCUUCUGCAAUUCCAGAUCAGUAUUGUGCAGCCAAGAAAGAUGGUCUCUACCCAAAUCCUUUUGACAAUAAAUCUUUCAUCAUGUGUGCUGCUGGGAGAAAUUUUGUACAAGCCUGCCCUGCUGGCACCGUCUACAAUGAGAGCUGCCAAUGCUGUAACUGGUCAUAAAUCUGCCACAGGUAGUUAAUGAACAUGUGAUGUAGAAAUGAUUUAAAAUACACUUUGUAGCAGAUUAACAAAAUGGAACCUGGUUUGAUACUUGUGCAAUCAUUUUAUU